AAACACGGAACCUGUGCGCUAUCCUUGUCCAUUUUUUCAAGAAUCGCGCAGUUUCCGUUUCCAAUCGUGGACGCUCGCUGCUCGCUGUCACGCUCUUUUUCUUUCUCGUGCCACCACUAAACAUGGCUGCUCGAUCAAUCUCAAAGAAACGGAAGUUCGUAGGAGACGGAGUCUUCAAGGCUGAGUUGAACGAGUUUCUGACUCGUGAGUUGGCUGAAGAUGGCUACUCCGGUGUUGAGGUUCGUGUCACCCCGACUCGUACUGAAAUCAUUCUCAUGGCUACACAUACCCAAAGUGUACUCGGAGAAAAGGGACGUAGAAUUCGUGAGCUCACUUCUGUAGUUCAAAAGCGAUUUGACUUCAAGGAACAAUCCGUUGAACUUUACGCCGAAAAAGUUGCCACUCGUGGUCUCUGUGCCAUUGCACAGGCAGAGUCCCUCCGUUACAAAUUGAUCGGUGGUCUUGCUGUCAGAAGAGCGUGUUACGGAGUCCUUCGUUUCAUAAUGGAGUCCGGAGCAAAGGGUUGCGAAGUGGUAGUAAGUGGAAAAUUGAGAGGUCAGAGGGCAAAGAGCAUGAAGUUCGUUGAUGGACUUAUGAUCCACUCUGGUGAGCCGACCAACGAUUACGUAGACACGGCAACCCGUCACGUGCUUCUGAGACAAGGAGUCUUGGGAAUCAAGGUGAAAAUUAUGUUGCCUUGGGAUCCUAAUGGCAAAACUGGGCCUAAGAAGCCUCUGCCCGACAACGUUUCUGUUGUUGAGCCUAAAGAAGAAAUCCAUCAUGCUCAGCCGUCUUCGGACAUUAAGGUUGCAAAGGAUACCCCACAAGGAUACUCUGCAGCUCCACUUACAUAAAGUGUAAACUUUACAAUAAAAAAAGAUUAAAACGUAAAAUCUCGUUGAUUUUGAA